CCCAACAGCGGGCCACUUUAUUAGGCCAGGCCAGGCAUUGUUUUCCAAAUGGAUUUCUGCCUAUGGAGCCCUGUGUGCGUGCGGCAUGCUGGGUUGUGCACUGGUGGACCUACGCUGGCGCUGGCCCCGCAAGCUCUCGAGCAGCGGUGUGAGGUGCAGUCAGUUUCAGGACGCCGCCUUCCCACCCGUGCCAAGCUCCCUGGGCGCCCUGAGCCGCGACGUGGGCGGCCGCGUCGUGUGGAGCCGCGCCGGGCAGCUGCGGGGCCACGGCACCGUGCGGCUCUUCGGGCAGAACGGUGGAGCGGCCAAGGUCAAGCAGGGUGCUUUGGGAGACUGUUGGCUGGUGGGCGCCUUUGCUUGCUUGGCUGACUUUCCUGGGCAUGUGGAGAUGCUCUUUGACCCCAUGGUCUUAUCACCACAGGGCCGCUAUGUGAUCCACCUCUUCGAUUCCAAGAGCGGUUGGCGCAGGGUGGAGAUUGAUGACUUCAUCCCGUGCAUGUCAGUGCCAUGGAUCCCACAGAAGUUCUUGGUGAAUUACAAGGACUUGCCCUGCUUCUCACAGCCGGUGGGAGGUGAAGUGUGGCCCUUGCUCUUGGAGAAGGCCUUUGCCAAGGUGGCAGGGUCCUAUGGCGCCUUAGAGGGUGGCAUUCCUGAAGUGGCCUUCCAGGCUUUGACAGGGCAACGCGAGCAGCUGAGAUGGCAAAAGGAAUCGGAUGGCAUGUGGCGGUUGCUGCGUUUCGAAAUGCCUCGCUUCGACAACUCCAAGCUCACGGGAGCCAUCCAUCAUCGUACCCGCAAGCGCUUGAACAACGAGAACCUCUUUCUCCGUCUCGCGUACUACGAGCAGGCCAACUUCCUGCUCGCGGCCUCCAUCACACCGUCCGAUCCCACCCGUCUCUUCGAACGCCGCCGGAGCGAUGGGCUGUUGGAAGGCCACGCAUACUCGGUCUUGGAGGUGCAAGAAGUGCAUGGGCUUCGGCUGAUUCGGCUGCGCAAUCCUUGGGGCAAGGAGGAGUGGACGGGACGCUGGUCACGUCGCUCCAAUGCCUGGGGCGACCAUCCCCACGUGGCAGCCGAUCUGGCACUGCGGGGCGGGCGACCAGCGGACCGGGGGCCGGCCGAUGGGUCCUUUUGGAUGCCGCUGGAGGACUUUGUGAACUGCUUCAACUCCAUCAAUAUUUGCCCCUCCACGAUGCCGGUGCCCAAAGCCUCCCGCUACGGCGACGCCACGGCGAAGGUGGCGCCCAUCUGCGGCCGCUGCGCGCGGCCGGUGCAGAGUUGCUGGCUUUUGGUCCACGGUCAUGGCACCGAGCCUUUGCCCCUUGGAUUCCGGGUGAAAUGGACGAACAGUCGAUCGUCGCCUGGCGACACCGCAGUAGUAAUGCCAGGAGCUACUAGCUUCUUGAUUCCUAGUAGUAAGGCCAGGAGCCCCGUUCGUAGCGUCCUUGCUCCGUUCGUAGCGAUGCCAAGAGCCCCUAGUAAUUGUUACUAA